UCACAGGCAGGUCCCUUAGCAAUGAUACAAUAACAACACUCAGCAAUAGCCAGAGAUGUCACAAUUGCUGAAGAGGAUGGGUGACUCGUACUUGCUUAAGAGAGCAUGUUUAUUCAGAAGUAAGUGUGCUUUGGAUUGCAGCCUUAAACCACACCUCCUUUCUCUCUCACACAAUGAUCAGGCAGAGGCUCAGGUAUGCCAAGCCCAGCCUCCAUAUGGCUUUACAGGUAAGCGGCAAUUUGACUUGGGACCUUAAGCUGAUAAGCAGCCGGUACAACUGCAGCAGAUGAAUGGAAGUGAGAUAUUCCCUAAUCCUGGUUUCCAGACAACAGCCAGACCGGGGUAUUCUACAGUUUCUGAAUACUGUCCUGUGUAAAUAUUUUUUUAUUCUGCCAGUUACGCAAGUGUUAAAAGUCACUAGAGCUAUGCAUGCAAAGGUGGCAGGGAGAUGGUAUAGCAUGAGAAAUAUCUGAGAUACAAUUCCCGGCAUAUGUAGGGAGCAAAGGCAAAUAGUGAUAUGAAAGACCUCUGUCAGAAAGCUGCAGCUACUUAAGAAUAGAGAUAGCGCAUCAUUGGAAGUUUUGCAUGCAGUUCUUAUUGCAGGGAUUGUGGUCCAAAGUCUGGUCUCUUGCCCUAGCUGCAAAACUUACACAAAGACAUAAAAUAAAAUCAAUCAAUCCACCAUAUAAAAUUAAUUGCAGCAUAGUAUUUUAUUUACCUGCAAGGGAAGAGACAAAAAUUAGUUUAGGAACAUAAAUAUACAAUAAUACACAGGUGAGACAUUGAGAGCCCUGAUAUUAAGACCACAAAUUAUUUAAAGAGAUUGGGGGGGGGCAGGUAGAGAGAAAUCUACCUGGAGCCAAAAUAGCCACAAAGAAAAUGUGAGGAAUGAGAAUGUAUAUUGGGAAGAAAUUAACUUCUUGGGUAACCUAGUCCAAAGAUAUAAAAAGGUAAAGGACCCCUAACAGUUAAGUCCAGUCGCAGACGACUCUGGGGUUGCAGCGCUCAUCAGGCUUUGUAGGCCGAGGGAGCCAGCGUUUGUCUGCAGACAGUUUUUCCGGGUCAUGUGGCCAGCAUGAAUAAGCUGUUUCUGUCACAACAGAACACCGACACCAGAGCAGCGCACGGAAAUGCUGUUUACCCUCCCACCGGAGUGGUACCUGUUUAUCUACUUGCACUUUUUGGCGUGCUUUCGAACUGCUAGGUUGGCAGGAGCUGGGACCGAGCAAUGGGAGCUCCCCCCGUCGCAGGAAUUUGAACCGCCGACCUUCUGAUCGGCAAGCCCAAGAGGCUCAGUGGUUUAGACCACAGCGCCACCCGCAUCCAAUAGUCCAAAGUUACUAAGGGCCUUUAGCAAUUAAAACCAGCACUUUGAACUUGCCUUGGAAAUGGAUCCUGGGCACUAACAUAAUAUUGUUGCACAUCACCCUAACCACCACAGUAGUGCAAGAUUCAGAGGGUCUCAGGUGCUUUGACCCCAGGGUCUGUGUUUCCUUUUGGACCAAUGAGGCACAGUGGAGUCUGUGGCAUCUUUAUGAUAUAUGGUGUAUUUUCACAUGUAUACAAACUGUGGUUGCUGUGGAGGGAGUUCCAAACAUCACAUCCCAAACGGCACCAGCUUCUUCCAAAGGCAGCAGCAUCCCUCCCUUGGCAGUCUGCCUCCUCUGCACCCAAGGAUCACAUUUCUUACCUGUUCUAACCUUGCUAACAUAAGCCCUGGCCUUCUGUAACACAGAGGGAGGCCCCAAUCACCUGCUUCCUCACACCUGGUGAUUGAUGCUUUGUUGUGCUAAUACCCCCAUGCUCUCACCUCAAAGGAAAUUAGGUUGACUCCAUUACCUUUGAACCCAUGUUAAUUUCACAGGAUUAAGGAUGACUGGCACACUGUCCAGCACACAGGGUCUGACUUAAUUAGCCUUCACCUGUGCUAAUUAAAGGAUUAACUAGGGUUAUCACACAGUGUAAAUACACCUGAGUCUGGCUAUUAACUCCAGGUAAAUUAGCUUUGACACCCCUAAACCUUAAAUUAAAUUCUAGCACCGAUAAAUCAAUAACAAUAUGAUGAAAGCAUCCGGUCCCAAUUUAAGAUUUUGAAGACCUCUUUUUAGAUCAACUGCCACUUCUAUAUAAUUUUCGAAGGCAGCCUCGUGCACGAUGCCUUGCAAUAGUCUUACACAUGAGGACACCAGAGCAUGGAUACCUUUGUCCAGACUAUCGCAUCAAAGCAUGGUCCUGGCUGAUGUAGCAACUGGAUAAUUUCUCGAAAUUUUAUGCUGUGAGAUCUUUGGGUGGUAUGCAAGUUAAUUAAUUAAUAAUAGAUUAAAUAAUAGUUUAAAUUAAUUGAUAGGUUAAAUAUAAUAAUAAUAUAUUUCAAGGCACCUUCUAAGCAUGUAUCGACAAUGCUGGAGGUAUAAGUACCCCAUCCACCCCGAGGGCCUUCUGGCGGUUCCCUCAUUGCGAGAAGUAAGGUUACAGGGAACCAGGCAGAGGGCCUUCUCGGUAGUGGUGCCUGCCCUGUGGAACACCCUCCCAGCAGAUGUCAAAUCAAUAAACAACUAUUUUACUUUUAAAAGACAACUGAAGGCAGCCCUCUUUAGGGAAGUUUUUAAUGUCUGAUGCUGUACUGUUUUUAAUACUCAGUUGGAAGCCGUCCAGAGUGGCUGGGGAAACCCAGCCAGGUGGGUGGGGUAUAAAUAAAUUAUUAUUAUUAUUAUUAUUAUUAUCCAGCCCAUUACUCUGCCCAGUAAUGUUGGUAUAUAUGUUGGAAGCUGUCCAGAGUGCCUGUUGCAACCCAGUCAGAUGGGUGGGGUACAAAUAAUAAAAUCAUUAUUAUCAUUAUUGCUGUUAUUAGGAAGUCCGGUAGUGCCCCUAUCCUUUCGAUAGCCUUGUUGCACGGGUCAAUCUAGCACUUUGCGCAUCGCUAGGCUUGUCUGGUGUAUCGGAUUGCUGGACAGUGGAUAGGAUCAGGCUGUUAGUUCUAAUCUGAAGAGAGCGAGAAAAUGCCCAUUUUAUGUUAGCAGGGCCACUCUUCUUCUGUGACUUGCAUUUGUAGCACCUAGGGCUCAGGAUGGACAGCUGAUAACUUUAUGUGUACGGGAAUCAUUAUCCCUCGAGCAUCUGCAAUAAAAUCAGACCACAUACAUUAGCGAGGUACUUUCCUGACGAAAUCAGUGGCUGAUUUCGAGUUUCCCAUCAAUUAUGGGAACUCAAGGGUAGGGAGAUGCAUUGCGUGUUACUUGUGUGCUGCUGAAGAAAAGCCCCGCUGCCAGGAGCUUAUAUACCCUCAUAGCUCCGCAAGGACAACUUUACUGCGGGCUCCAGGCGGGAUUAUUACUACAGCUCCGCAGCGGAGACCCUGCCUGGGCGCCUCCUCUGCCGAAACGCGCGCGAGGGAUCUCCUGACAGACGCCCGCAAAACUCCGGCCCUCAGAGGGAACGAGGGAGUGCGGUGGGCGGGCCCUUCCAAAACCACCUCCUUCAUUUCCCCUCACCGAUUGGCUUCCUCCCGAGAGGUGGGAGGCGGGAUUGGCCGGCGCGGGCGAGGCUUGCCGGGCGGGAUUGGCCGGGCCGGCUUUCCGUCCCGAGGUGGUGCGUCUCGACUGCCGCCGCCGCCGCCGCCGCCCUGUCGCCCUUUGGCUUAAGGGGAGGCGGUGAGUUCUCGCGUCCGGAUUCUUGAGGGCCGGCGGCCGGGUGGGCUCCGGGGCGCGCCACUGCGGGCCUUGGCGGGAGGAAGAGGCAGGCGGGAGCUUGGCUGGUUCCCCGCCCCCUCGCGGUUCUCCUCAGAGCGGAGGCCUGGGGUGGGGGAGGGGAAGGAGGCCGAGCCGGCCGCCCCUCCCCCUCCCUCUCCCCCCCCCCCCGGUCUCCGCCCGGGGUUGGUUCUUCCCGUGACCCGGCUGAGGGGACGGUGCUCUCCAGGGGGAACCGCCGUAGCUGGGGACUCUGUGGGGUGGGAGUGGGCCUGACAGGGCUGCGACGGGGCUUCGGAGGUUGCGCGGUGCCCAAUUCUUGUGGGGGGGGAGCUUUGUGAUGCGCAGAGUUACGUGUUUGUGUGUAUAUACAUAGCGAAUGGGUACGUAUCCCUUCUUGUGUGUGUAUAUACAGUGAGAUGUGAGCAUGCUUCUUAGCGCGGGGGGGGGGGGCGUGAUGGGCGCACGCGCGUAGGUCGCGCGAGAGUGGUGCAGCGAGGGGGCUGAGGGUUGGCUCCCUUUUUGACAGGCCUGCAUUUGUUUCGGCCCGUGUGAUUUUUGCCACGGGCGUGUGAUGCAAAGCUUCUUUCCCCGCCUACGUUCCUCCUCCCCACGUGGGUUUGAUUUGGGAAUGGGGCAGAGAGAGAGACGACUCGCACCGAGAUUUGAGCUGGGAACCGGAUUAAUUCUUCGGCUCUCCAUCGGAGGCCCGGAGAUAUAAAAUGCGGGUUCUUAAUUUGACAUCUUCUGCACGUGUUUUCGUAUUGUAUGCACACCUGGGGCUGCUUGUUUAGUUGUUUAGUUUAGUCGUGUCCGACUCUUCGUGACCCCAUGGACCAGAGCACGCCAGGCACUCCUGUCUUCCACUGCCUCCCGCAGUUUCAUCAAACUCAUGCUGCUAGCUUCCAGAACACUGUCCAACCAUCUCGUCCUCUGUCGUCCCCUUCUCCUUGUGCCCUCCAUCUUUCCCAACAUCAGGGUCUUUUCCAGGGAGUCUUCUCUUCUCAUGAGGUGGCCAAAGUGUUGGAGCCUCAGUUUCAGGAUCUGUCCUUCCAGUGAGCAUUCAGGGCUGAUUUCCUUAAGAGUGGAGAGGUUUGAUCUUCUUGCAGUCCAUGGGACUCUCAAGAAUCUCCUCCAGCACCAUAAUUCAAAAGCAUCAAUUCUUCGGAGAUCAGCCUUCUUUAUGGUCCAGCUCUCACUUCCACACCUGGGGCUUAUGUAAAAACAAGAGAGAGAGAGAGCCCCCCCCCCCAGUUGUCUCCAGAACUACUACCUAAGAGGGCCAGUGCAUUUUUACAUAGGAUUCUAAUUUGGAGGCAACGGAGAAGCAAACGAGAUGGAAUGGUCUUUAUGCCUCUGCCCUAUAUAAAUCGUGUGAGGGGGGGGAGUUUGCAAGCAUAUACUGAUUAUAUAAAAAGGAGUAGGGGAGCAACCUCAUCUCCUCCUAAAGCACUUUGCUGCUUUAAGCAGUUUUCCAACACCAGAAGUGAGCUGGCCAUAAACAAAGAAGCAAAAACGAUUAAAAGCAACAGAAUGCGGGGGGGGGGGUGUCAGUAAAAUAGCAUGUUUGAGCGGAUAGCAUGUAAUAUUGUUUUAGCUGAUGGUUGAUACGACUGGUUCAAUUGCUCCUAAAGAAGUUGUAUAUACAUUUGUCUUGCAUUUUGUUUGGUCUUCUGGGUCCCCCAGAAGAGCCCUACAACUCAAAAUAGUGAGCAUUUAGUACACCUUGGAGAUUUCAUUCUUUCAUUCCCAUGUUGUUUCCUCCUUCAGUCUGUCUGCCUGUAGUUACCAUACUGUGUUUGCAUGCUAAACAUUAUUUAUCUGUUUUGUAUUCUUUCCUACUUCCAAGGAACUUGGACAGUUGGGUGCACAUAGAAUUACUCCAAUUUCAAAUUAUCUUUUUAUUAAAACAUACAUGGUUUAAGCAAAUAAACCCACCUUUUUAUUUGUUUUUGCAGUAUUGAUCAAGCUGGAAAUAAAGGCAUCACAUUUGAAAAAGUAGUCUUAACAUAAAAGCUAUUGUGGUAUAUUGGGCCUCAGUAUGCUUCCUGAAGAAAGGGUUAAAACUUAUGAUUGGUUGCUCACAGAAUCAAGUUUGGAAAGGCUCAAAAGCCUGUUCAGUUCAGCCCCUGCUCCAAGGGCAGACACUUUGUCCUCUUUCUUCUCACCAGGCUACAUAAUCCAGUAUGUUUCAAAGAGAAAAGUUUUUUUCAUAUAAAAUGCAUGGAAAAAAGAUGUAUCACUGAAAGAGACACUGAGGCUAUUUAGUUCUUUAUAUUUCUAACUCAGAUAAUUAGUUUUAUGCCCCUUUCCUCUGUUAAAUAAAAAGAGAGGGGGAAAUGCAAGCUUAAACCUACUUUUCAAGAUGUUACAUGUUGAUUUAACACAAACAAAAAAAAAAACUAUAUAAAAAGGAGCAGGAAAACUUCUAAAUGCAGUGCUUUUAACUCUUAAAUUAUCCAGUGUACAUUUAAUUUCUUAACUGUUUGAUUUGGUAAUGCACAGGUGGAGAAACUUUAAUUUUAAGGUCUGCAUUUUCAUUUAUUUAUAAAAAAAAUUGACUCCUUUUCAUCAUCAAUGUGGUCCCAAAGCAUUGUCUGAUGGGCAGCCUUCAAGGGGUCACUUGACAAAUGCAUAGAGCAGGGUUGGUUAGAGACAUGGAUGGAGGAGGAGGAAGAAUCCUGAAGGCUGGAUAGAGAGGUUUUUCGGGUCACAUUUGGACUAUGGGGUGCACGUUCCCUAUUCCUGAUUUAGUAGAUGCUGCUCAGCUCCAAUGGUAAAAGAUUGCAAUCCAGUUGAUUGGUAGUAAGAUUAAUUGAUUUCAGAAAAUAUAAGUUCAAAAAAUGUGCUUGGUAAGACUUUCCAAUUAAGAAAUUUUGAUCUGGUUUGUCAUGUGAAAAUUGUGAACAUACUACUCCGUGUCACACUUAAUGCAGCUGUAAUAAACAUUGAAUCCUAUUCUUUUCUGACUUGGGUGUUUUUGGAAGAUGAUAUCCAUAUCUGAGCUAACAUGCAUGACAAGCUACUUUAAUCUAUUGGAUAUGGGCACAAAGCAUGACCUGGCAAUCUUUAAUCCUAGCUUCAAAUUUAUCUCUUUUUGCAUUGUAUGAACUGCUGAAAAACAGAUGUGUAAGUGACUUGUGCCUCCACUGUAACAGUUAAAGGAGAAUUCAAGUGGAGGGCAUGUGUGAACUCAAGGUUCUUACAGAGCUAGUGCAUUUGGGUUUCAUGAGUAUUCUUUGAAAGCUAUGGUGAAAGUACGACUCACUUGUGUUGGCCUUGAUCAUUUGUUUAUAACCAAGGCCUGAUGCAGAUGUAAAAUCAGGAUCACAGUUUAGAACAGGGAUAGCUAACGUGCGUGGUUAAGGGAUAGCAUGGUUAAGGAUGUAUGGGAGCAACAUCUGGAGGGUCACAGGUUAGCCACCACAUUUAGAAACCCCUGGUUUAAUUUCCUCCUCCCCUUUUUGGAGAUAACUAUUAUAUCUGCACCCAUGUUAACACAUUGUGUGGUUAGUGUCAAAUCAAAGUUUGCCUCCAGGUAUGCAUGUUUGCAUACUUUGAUUAAAUUUAACUGAGGCAUUAACAAAAGUGGAAAUGGAAUAAUUUCCAUAGGAGAGGAGACAAGGGAGAGCAGCCUGGCUUAGAGAUGUGGAACAUGUUGCUUGUUCCAGGCUUUACAAGACAACCUAAAUCAAUAAAACAUGUUGUAUUGUAAGGAUAAGAAAACUAACCAUGCAAGACCUUUGAACAUACUUUAGGUGCUUCUGUUCCUAUCAUUUUUGUUGUAAUCCUAAACUGUGAUACAUCAAGUAUACACUUUAGAGAUAAUUACUUAAGUUAUAUCACUGCGCACAACACCACUAUUUUUUAUUUAGCUGCAAAGUGCCGCUGGCAUGAAUUUAAAAUGUUUAUUGUCUGUUUGAAGAUGAUUUCUUUACUAUUACAUAAAAAGUUGAAGUGUUGUAGUUCUAAAUCCCAAACUCCUGGAAUCUGAAUAUCUCAGUAGUGCCACUAGUCCAAAAAUUGUUGGAGUGUUUGCAAAGUGUAUGCUUUCUGCAGCAUUUCACUUUUCACCUGGCAGCUGUGAAUUAUGAAAUGGCUCCGUAUUUAUUCUGCAUGUUUAGUUACCGUAGUUUAGCUGAUAGGAUAGGAACUGAAUCAGAAGUUUGUUGUGAGACUUUCUGAGCCAAUCAUAAUCAUAAAUUUUGGACUGCUGUGCAUGGAUAACUUAUUCUGUUAUUUCUGCAAAUAAGUUAUAGAUAUAGUUGUGGAGAAGCUGAGGUAGAUGAUCUCAGAAGAAUAAGGGGAAACUGACUUUGGGGGUGAAAUUGCUCUAAUAAAAAACAUGCUCAUGUACUAUUCUGUGCUUUAUUAUUUUUUAAAAACUUGCAGUUCAUGGUGACUUGUUCAGUAAUAGUCACCACAUCUUCUGCUACACCUUCCCAAAUGCCAUUAACCUACAGACCAACUCAGAAAGAUCUUGCAAUAUUUUUGAAAGAUGCUUGGAAUUUGGCAAAUUCUAGGAAAAGAAUUCCAUAGUUACCACUGAGAAUACUUCUAUAUUACUGAUGCCUGAACAUGGCAUGCACAUUAUAUUGUUGAGGUCAUUCUUUGUCAGACUAAGAUCACUCAGUGUAAGGUUCAGUGGAUAAAUAUUAGCACCUUCCAUUGUGCUCGGGGUCAGUAGUGCCACCUGUGUAGUACUUGUGUAAUACAGUAUGCGGGGGCCAGUAGGAACAUAAGACUGUCUAACAUUUGUACUAGCUGAAGCUUUGAUCAGUGCCCUAGGAUAUGUAGUGCAGUAGUGUACACUAAGGAAUGAAUGAAGACUGCUAGAUCUGAGUAUGACCACCCCCCCCCCAAGUCAGUAGCCACUGAUAGGAAAAAACGGUUUUGGCCGCUGCCAGUGCUUUGAGAGUGAUAGAACCAUUGAGUCUGCCAUUUCCAACAUUCUGCAGUUUUCCUAGAGGACUACCUCUAGAAGGAAUGGUGUGCCAGAGGAAGGGUGGGAAGGAGGAAAAUGGCGGCCACAAGCAGUAACUGUCUCAGCAGCGGUGCAAAACUACAGGAAGUCAAGGAUAUGGUUAAUUGAGGAUUGAAACAGUGGAUGAAGAAGGACCUACCUGCCUAUUUAAAAAAAAAGAGGAGACAAGCUCGGAGGAAAAAAUGGAAAAAGAAAAUAUUACUAGAUGGUUAUUGGUUUAAUAAAGCAAAAAUGGCCUGUUCCAGUCUUCUGAGAUCUACUUUUAAAAAAACUACAAUCCUUUUCCUAAUAGGAACAUAGUUUGCUUCUAGGAAGGCAGACCUUUGGUCCAUCUAGCUCAAUGCUAUCUAUGCUAUUUGGCAGCCGCUCUCCAGAUUCAAAGAGGAGUCCUUUCCAAACUUUCUGAUAAGUUUUCUGAUUCACAAUUUUCCAGAAAACCCACAUUACUGAUCAUGAGGCUCCAAAUGUUCAUUAAAUAUUGGUCUGUGUUCCAGUAUCCAGUGGACCACAGACUACCUGUCUUUGUAAUAGAUGAAGAACAAGUUAUACUGGCUCAAUUGCAUUCCUGCUCAAUAGGCUCUGAGAAACAGAGAACCUUGUAGAAAGACUUUCGUUAAGGGUUGGAAGGGGCACUGGACUUGAGAUUUGUGGGAAAUAUUUUCAUCACAGUGUUUUCCACUUGGCAUUAGAGAAGGAUUGUAUGACAGAUACCUCAGAGAAAGCACUUUCAUUGCAGGGAUAAUCCCCAAAGCAUCAUAGGGCAGCUGAUACUUUGUGUUGUCAGAAUCUCUACUGCAGACUCCCAUUGGAAUAGGAAACUGCAGGAACAGAUAAUCUCUUUCAGUCUGAUGGAUUUUCUUUGAUAGUUGAAUACACUGAUUCUACAGUUAGUUUACAUGCAUCACCAAAGGGGUUCAGCAGUAAUGAAUAUCUGAGCACCCAAAGGUUUAAAUGUUUGUGGCCAAAAGCAUGUUAAUGAUAUUCUGUCUGCCGUAGAUCACAAGUCCUGGUGGCCUGUUAUUUCAGUUUUGUUUGAAUUUGGCUUCACUAAAGGUCCACAAAUCUGUUGCUAGUGGCAUUCAUAUAUAUAUAUAUAUAUAGAUAGAUAGAUAGAUAGAUAGAUUUCCAGAGACCGUUGAUGAAAGCCUGUAGUAUAUCCUCCAUAGGGAUAAUGGACUUUGAAAAGGCUGCUGGCACAGAAGGCAAAGUAACUCUUGACAUGGUGCUCUGCUAUGCACUGUGUUGGGAUUCAGUGUCAUUGAUUGAAGGUUGGGGGUUGCUACAGAUACUCAUCUCAAAAACCCUCACAUCUCAACUGGCUGUUAAAAUGGUUGACUAAGAAGUUGACCAGAAUUCUUUGUGUCAUUCUUUAGUGGCUUUGGUGCAUUCAGUCUCUUAUUAUGAACAGGUAUCACAUGAAUACCAGUACUAAAGACCUUAGUCAUAAGGAAAGUAUGAGCACAGUGUACCAGCAGCAUAGGAUGGCAUCAAGCCCCAUGCCUUCCUAUGAUCUCUGUCAGUAGCCUCUUAGAUGUAUUGGAAAGCUGAUUAGCUACCCUUUCUCCUGUUCCAGAAUCUCCCUGCCCAGAAUGCAUCUGAAGCAAUGUCACUCACAUGUCAUGAUCAGCAAUAUUGAAAGCCAUUGAAAGAUCCAAGAGGAUCAUUAGGGUGUGAUUUUCUUUGCCCAUUUCAAGGCAGAUAAAGCAACCAAGGUCACAAGUGCUAACUCUUUGUGAUAUCUGCUAUGAAUGUCAAAUAAAUGAAUGUCAAAUAGAUAGUGGUUAAAAAUCCUUGCAUCUAGAUGUGCCCCAAAUGGAAGGACGGUUAUUACAGUAUUUUUUUACAGAAGAAGAAAAUGGAAAUCAACAACAGCUAGUCUGGUGGUCCACUGGUGCUGGUCCACAAGUCAUUGGCUGCUGGUCCGCAGCAAUUCUACCACAGCCUAGGUUGGGUGGGAUGCUUUCGGGACCGUAUAUGCUUUGGGCGCUGGCACAGUUGGGUGGGGGGAGAAUUGCUGGUCCACCACAUCAGUUUGAGAAACACUGAUCUAGUGGAUCUAGAGUACUGCAGAUAGGAGGGCAACUUGUACACUGCAUUCCAUGAGUGAAGCAAUAACAAAGUGCAGAGUCUGCUGACUGCUGAGCAUUCACUAGAAAUUCUGAAUCUAGUGUGUCAGUGAUUGCUUCCAAUCAUAUUGUAGAGUUGGAAGGGACCCCAAGGGUUAUCUAGUUCAACUCUCUGCAGUGCAGGAAUCUCAACAUACAGUCUUCUAUCCAGUUGAAGCCAUAACAGGCCCUAUCUGGAAUGCUGACUCCAUUAACACUAGCAACUUCCAAGGGAACUGAAUCUAAGCAAUUUUAUAUGCAAAGCAGCUGGUGUAUCAUUGGCAAGAAAAUGAGCAGUUCCUCAAUUUUCAGGCAAAGAGAGCCUGAAUUUGUCAGAACAAUUUCCAUGUAGAAUAGACAGAUUGUCCACACAGAAGACCAUUUCCUUAGCAAACUAUGCUAUAGCAGUGACAAAGAUCAUUUAAAAGGCAGUGGCCAAACUCUAAUAACAGCAAUCUCAUUUCCAUUCCCUGGAGGAUGUAUUUCUGAGCCAGGGAAAUAUAUUAAAUGUAGUAUAUGACCUACUAUUUAUCAGCUAAGCAUUUUGGAUAGGUCCCAGAUUGUUAAAAGAUAGGAAAUCCUGAACCUGUUAUCCUGGCCUUUGAUGCACAUAUGCCAAAUUAUUCAGAGUAAGAACUCCACAACCAUUUUGACCAGGAAAUAAUGUAUGUAGGAUGGUUAGAUGACAGCAGAAUCUCCAUUCUAACUCAAACCAUCAAGAUAAGGAAUUCAUUCUGCUUUGGCUAGAUUGCAUGAUUUUGUUGUGUUAUAGGCAAAGACAUCUUUAUAGAUCACAGCUGCUUCAAUCUGUAUGUCCUGAAAAGUUAUAUCUAGGAAAGCAAAGUGUCUGCCGUGUUUUUGUCCUCUUAAAUACUUGCUGCCCAGCAAGCAGUAGUUUUUGAUGGCCUAAACUAGGGCUUUACUGUUUUGUUUUUAAUUCUAUUUUAUUGCUUAAUAUUGCUUGAAUAAUAAUGUGAAUACCUGAAUUGUUUGAGUCAUUCCUUGAUGAUGAACUGUAUAUAAUCCAAAGCAGAAUAGGAUGAUGCAUUAGAGGAAGCAUUUUGAAACAGGCUUGUUUCAUUGGCACUACCAUAAAUUUUCUCUCUAGCAUUUAUAAGUUAUACUCUGCCUUGUAAAAGGACUUUGCACACUAAAAUUGUUUUUGCAACAGAAGUUACUGCAUUAUUUAAAAGUGAUGUAGUUAAUGAACAGAGAAUUAAUACUUUUAUAAAUAUAAAAGAUUGCUUGUAGGGACAUCAAAACAGACUUUGAAAAAGUGUUUUUGUAAGAUAAUGUUCUUGAAUUGCCUUCUUUAGAUCUCUUGGGAAAUCUAUAGCUGUAAAUGAAAUAAAUGUGCAAACCUAAUGAUAGAAUACAUGCAGCUUUUUUUACUGAGCAUAACUAUUAUAGACAAACUUGGCCUUUGUUUAAAAGAUACCAAUUAAAAUCAUGUGAUUGGUAUCACACAGGUUUCAUGGACAAAUAAAAUGAUAGAUCUGAUGGACUGAGGAGAUGGCGGGAAGAAAACUACUGGGAGAAUAUGGAUCAUAUUGAAGUCUUUUCUAACAAGACCCUGCUGAAUUGCAGUAGGUAUUACAAUUGUUGGAAGUAGAUAUCUACUAGAAUAGGUCUGGAAGAGCAGAGAAAAUGAAGUUUUAAUUUGUUAGACAUUUUAAAAAAUGAGUUUCCAUAAACAAAGACGAGUUUCAGUGUCAAAAACAGUUACUUUGUGAGCUUGCACACUCCUUCCUCUCAUCAUGGCAUUCUUCCCCUCCGCAUCGUGUUUUGUAGGUGACUACAGCUUGCCAUACAAGAUAUGAAUCAGGAAAGCCAUGAUUAUUGCCAAUGAAAGUUUGCCUACAAACCAGAAUUCACAAACCCACUUCAGUCUGUGGUUUCUUAUUCUGGUUUGAAGGCAAACUUCCAUAGCUCAUCUGAAUAAAUGAUUAGAACUCAUUUCUCCAACUCUAAUUAAAGAUUUAUAUUAAUAGAAUUACUGCCAAUCAGGGUGCAUGACUUGGAAGUAGUUCAUGUAGUAUCUCUUGUUUCCUUCCUUGCCUGCUUGAUGUUGGUUAUUCUUGUUUGCUUUUAAAGCAACUAUUCUAAAAUUAUUACUGUUAUUUUUACUUUAUCUUAGAAGGCGACAGAUGGAUACAGAUUGCAAGGGAUAACUUUACUGCAGCAUAGUCUAGGGAAUGCAGAUAAAAAAGGAAAAGAAUUAUAUUUUAUACAGACACACUGAGAGAAGUAGCAGAAGAUCCAUAAGCCUUAAGGCAGGACCUUAUUUUAAGCUUUUUAUAAACAAAACUAUACAGCACUUAAUUGCAUUUUUGGAGCUUAACAAAUUAUAAAUAUUAAGAUAAAAGGCAAAUGUACCAUAGGCACAGUGAAUAGACUUUUCAUUUUCUUCAGUACAUCUUUAUCUUGUGAUGUUCACUGGUGUAAAGUAUAUAGAGGGCCACUAGCUUAAAUGAGUUAAAGACUCCAAUUCAUGAGGCACAGGUAUGUCAGCAGCUAUUAGCUUAUUGAAAUCUCUGUGCCUGGGGCAGUGUACCUCUGAGUAUCAGUUACUGAAAGAGAAAUAGAAUGGCUAUCACCAUCAGCUUCCAGAAACAGUUCAGCCUCUGUUGGAUGCACAGUGUUGGGCUCUUUGGUCUUUGAUCUGAUUGUGCAAGGCAGUUUGCGUGACCAUUCUUUGCGUGAUCCACGCUUUAAAAUCUGCUUGACUGCCAUUGCCUCCUAUCUGAACUUCAAUAAAGAACAGACAGAACAUCAGAACCUGCCAGCACUGCAGCAGACGUUAAUUUGUUUCUAUUAUAACGUGAGUUUCCCAAUUAUAAUGUGAGUUCCUGUAAUCCAUAUUGCAAUUUUGCACUCUUCUGCCAUCAGGUUGAAAAAGCAGUGUUUAUGCAUGCUGUUUGCCCUAGUUCCAUUAUUUCUUCUUGUGGAACCCUCACCUACCUUACUCAUCCUCUUUUGCUUCUCUUGUAUAAAAAUCAGAGAUUGCAGUGAUUUUUAGUUUCAGUGCCUAUAAGGUAGUAAUAAACCAGAAGUGGAGCAGACUAGAUCAUAGUUGUGACUGUAAGGAGAAGGGAUAGAGUCAAUUAUUUGGAAUCGCCUUUUGAGCCCUAAUUUUGUCCUCUACAACAGAAAAAUGCAAGCAUAUUGUACUCAGCAACUGAAUUCCCCCCCCCAUAUUUAAUGAUAAUACGAAGGAUUAUAUAUUUAAAUAGAAUUUAAGCUUAAAAUACAACAAGGGAUGUAGUGAGCAACCUGUGUAUUAAAGGUGGCCAUUCAGAAGUAGCUGUAUGUGGUUAGCCCAGUUAAAGAAAAGAAAGGCUCUGGAAAUUAGAAUAACCCCUUACAUGUUGGCACCUAUUUGUAGGUUUCUUCCAACAACUUGAGAAACUCUGAGGUACUGUUUGAAUCCCGGUGAGAGAAGUAGCGGCAUAAAACAGGCUGUGAAACUGAAGACAAAACUAAAAGGGAGAUAUAAGGAGCAGUUGUGGAAUGGGUUGGAUUGUUUGUGUGAUAUUUCCUAAUGUUAAAAAAUGCUAGAGAAAUGUGACUUAUUAGGGGAUGCUGCUAAAAGUUUAAGAGAGUCAAGUGCAUCGAUUCAGCUGGGCUAGCUAACAUGCCAGCUAUUUUCUAAAUUGGAAGCUAUUAGACAAAAAAGCAUGCUAGUUUGUUUUUUGUGCUUAUGCCGCUGUCCUAUUUUUAGGUUUUAUGCAAUAUUUUGAAAAGUAAAGUAACAUGACAAUUGACAUACAGUACAUACCUGUAUUGCUAGCAGCAUGAGACCUAAACUGUAGUUUUGCAUGUAGCAUUUGUUUAUACCAUGAUUAAAAAAUGAGUUUUUUUAUUAAAAAAUAUUUUCUAAUGUGUUUAGAAUUGCUUCCCUCCUCCCCUCUUUCUCUUGCAGAAAUGGGUCAGGAAGCUGGAAAGCCCACAUGGCCAAAACCAGCAGGAGGGUAUCAGACUAUUACAGGCAGAAGAUACGGAAGAAGGCAUGCCUAUGUCAAUUUUAGACCAUCUCUGACGAACCAAGAGAGAAAUUCGAGCCAACACGAUGGAGAAUGUGAAGGAUUAGAACUAGAUGAUGUUCAAAAAGAAAAUUAUUUGUGUGCGUGUCAAAUAAUUACAACCUGAAAAUAUUUUUCUUCUUAAGGGAAAGCAUUUGAAAUAAUAACAUGCUGUUGGUACAAGUCAGUUGAACAAAAGGCUAGGUAAUAGUGAAAUUGGCAAUAUUGCUAAAACUUUUUUCUUACAUCCACUAGUGUAUUUGAAGCUCAUCAGAAUGAUAUGAAAUUAUUAAAACUGCGGUCAAAACCUUAGCCACGGCCCCAAAUUUGCAUAAUUCUCUAUUGAGGGAAAUACUAAAAGUGGUUUGUAUGACAGUGGUUCAUAGAUGGAUCAUUAUUGGAAUUUUAGUUUUAUUAUGCAUGCAAACAAUAGAAUGCACAGAAAUGGGCAUGUUUCAGGUGUUCAUUGUCCAUGGAUAUAGGCAAUUAUAUACCAUACUUUGUAGCGUUGGGUAGUAAGUAAGUGGCCUUCUGUUCAUUUCUCUCUCCAGCUUUGCUUUAUUUGUUGCAUCCAGUUAGUUUCUGCACAAUCAUCUUCUAGCUUCAUUACCUUAAUGUUGUUGGUUGUUGCUAUUUUGAAGAACUCCUCUCCCCCCCCCCCACCUAAUCUUAGCAGUAUUUUAACUGUUCUAAAAAUGUAAUAAUAACUUGAAUCCAAUUUUCUCAAAGUAAGACCCAUAGGAACAUGGGAAGCUGGCUGGUACUGAAUGAGACUAUUGAUCCAUCUAGCUAGUAUUCUCAGUGAUGACUGGCAGCGACUCUUCACGAUUGCAGGCAGGGAGUCUUUACCAGCCCUACCUGGAGAUGCCGGGGAUUGAACCUGGAACAAUCUGCAUGCAAGGCAGAUGCUUAUCAACUACGCUACUAUAUUGAAACCCAUCAAUUACAGUACUGUAUUUUUUGCCAAUAUCGUAGGAGAUGCCAAAUCAUCAGUUAACACAUUUACAUCUAACCUCUUAGCCAAAUGUUCAUGCUGCUGCUUACAACAUAUUAAAUAUAAAUCACAAUAAAACCAUUUAAAUGAAAAUAAAAUAGUAACUUUGGCAACAUAAAGUGAAACAGCAUCCUAUUAAAGCUAGCAGAAUAUGUGCCCUUCCAUGUUUUCAGAUUCUUUCAUCAAAAUCACAGAAAUACUGAUGGAGAGACAGAGGAAGGACAUUCCAGAACCUAAUUAAAUUGUUCCAUGAAGCACUUGGCUUUGACUUGGGGGAUUGUAUCAUAAGGAAUGGCAUUGACAGACACAAUAAAUAUACACUUGUUUAAUCUUAGUAAUAGCUAUUGAUAGAAAAUACUGCAUUCCUCUUCUUAAGAUGUUGUAGAACAAGAAUUUCCUUUAACUGACCAUGUUUGGAGGUUUGAUACAGUUUCUAGGGCAGGGAUAUUCUUUAAAAUUUCUGUAAUUUAAUACUGUGUGUUGACUCGGAAGUAAUACAUAGUAAUUCUGCAGCCUGGUCAAUAUUCUGUGUUGUCCCCUAAGUUCUUAAUAUGUGGCAUAUCAGCAGCUAUAAAAAAUGUCAGGGUAUGGUUAACAGAACUGCAAGAUGCUGGCUUUCUCAUUCUGAUACGCAAUACAGCAUGAUUUUUCAGCAUUACCUUAAAUAUAUUUUAUUUCUAGCAAUGAACAUCCAUGAAAUCGUCAUAAAAUGUCUCUUAUACAUAUUACGACUCGCUUUUUUAACAUUCUAAUGAAGAACAGCCACAGUUGAGCAUCAUCAACAAAUGCCAUUUUUAUUAUGUGUGUUGAUGAAAAAAACUUUGAUUAGUCUUAUCAUUCCAACAUAUACUUUCUUUACAUUUUUAUAUAAAGGUUCCAGUCCACUUGCCCAAGUAUGUUCUCCUUUGGCAGAUGUACCAUUGUUAGGAAAUGUUGCUUCAGAAAAUCCUGUUGGUCAAGCUGAACUGAACCAAGCAGUCAACACAGAUGCUUCUCCAUUUUCUCCAGCAUGUUACAAUUGGGGAGACGGACAAACUGGGAGUAACAAUAUGAAUUCUGAUACUUGUGGAGAGCACAAUAACCUUAAUGGUCAGAAUGGAAUUGCUUUUGUAAACAUUGACUCUUAUGAGCCAGAUAGCAGUGAUGGAGAGGAAGAGAAUGACCAAAAUGAUAUUUCAUUAGCUAAAGAAGAAGCGGGAAUAUUUCAAGAGACACUGGAUAGUAUGCUUUCUGAAUUGGAGAAAGGAGUGGACUCCUUUAGUGAUCUGCAGUCACAUCUGCCUAAUUUCAAUCAUAAUGCUUCAAGCAAAAGUUUUGAAGACAUAAGACCAGUGCCUUUCAAGAGACAUUCUAGCCUAGAAUUGGAUACUGCUCACCAAAAUAAGACACUUGUAAAAACAUCUAGUGAAGACGAGCGUCUAGUAAAAAAUAACCUUAGUGUUACUUCUGAUAUGGAACAGCAAAAAAAUGCAGCUGAUCCUACAAUUAGGACACAAAUAGGAAUUUGUAACGAACUGAGUACUAUGAAGACAGACCAAGAGAAUUCAUCAGAACUGGUCGUAAGACCCAAAGUUAGAAAACAAAAUCCUGUGAGCCAGUUGGAUAGGAAGCAGUCUUUUUCGAAUGAAGAGGAAGAAAAGACCAGCAGUAGAAGGUGGAGUGAGAAUGUGGAUGUCCAGCACUGUAACACAGAAUGUGUCCUGAAACACAGCAAAGAGAAAAGCAAUUCUAGUAUGUUUUUUGAUCCAAGAGACUAUGGAGGAGCUCAAAAGAAAAUAAAAAGUGAACUAAGGAAGCAAAAUAUAACACUUCAAGAAAAAAGCAAAGUGGACGAUAGUGCUUUCUGGGAUGAAUUUGAAGACUCUGGCAGAAAUCUAUCAAGCUCCAACAAAGAUGAAGACAGGUAAGAAUUUCUGCAAAGUUUAAUUCAAAUUUUCUACAUGUCUGAAUACCUGUACAAUGAAAAUCACUAAGGUUAGGACAAUAUUAAAUGGUCUCGUAGGACCGACCCCAUGUAAGGUGAUAUCUGCCAAAUGGUACCAGUUCCCCAUAUUCCUUAUAUGGUAAUUAACGGUCCCAAUUUCCCCCUUUCUGAUCUUUGCCAAAGGGAAUGGUCCCCAAGAAAGAAAACUCCAGACUGUACCAUCUGAUGUUUAUACUUUUCACUAUGUACUUUAUGACAUAAUUAUUGGUGCCAAAACGUGGUGAGUUUUUUGUUUUGUUUGUUUUUUGGUGGAGCUGCUAGCCCUAAGAGCCUCAGCAGUUACUCAUAAGACCAGCAGUUUUGGAAAUAACAUAAUUUUUGUAAGAUUUCUUGAUAGCCAGACUUCUUUAUAUCUUGUGACAUAAGUAUUUUGACCCAGACUUUUGGACUAUUAGCAUCAUCUGCUAAAAGCAAAGCUGCAUUUUUCUUUUUCUUUAGUGGCAUAUUCACUGCUGUUAAUGCUGUCUUAAUAUUUCAGAAGCACUUUACAACUUUGUAAGUCAUUAUCUCCACAUGACAGAAAGAGAAUGAAGUCAUAAAAGAAGCCACACAAACAAAUUUAGGAAUGAAGGUGAAGUGGAAGUAAAAUCUUUAUCGCUAGCAGCCUUUUCAAAUGCACCACAAACUUUGAACACAUCUAUCUCUUGUCCUGAGUUUGCCCAGCUGUGUGCAGAUACAGUGUUAAUGCACCUACUGGAAUUGAGCAGAUUCAUUAUUCUAUAUAUUCUUCAUGGGUAUAAAAAUUGGGGUUAGGCCACAGGAAUAUGUGCAUCUUUAAUACUUUUUGGAAAUUGUUCUAUCAAGUAGAGUAGGGCAAGGUGUUUUCAGCAUGGGUGGGGUGAAAUGUUGGACUCUACACCUUCUCAUUGUACUCAUCCUCAUGUGCACAAACUCCCACCUCUGAUUUAUUAAUAAAAGUAUAUACUGCCAAUUCAAAUAAAGAAAACAACUGUUUCAAAGCUGUAUCUGUAGGAUAUCCUUUGCAUUAUCCUUUCUUUAAUUUUUUUAGCAUAUUUAAGGCAUUUUCCAUGGAACUUGGACCUGAAUGAAAAGUAGCUAUGAAAUUUCCAUGUGCUGAGCUCUCCUCUAUAUAAACGCACCUCUUCAUUAAUAGUGCAAAUGUGUUUCUGCCAUGUUAAAUCUACUUUGUGAUACAAAGUUAAUUUGUUCAAACACCCAAGUAAAAGAAGAAAUAAUAGAUGUAUCCAUAAUGAUUCUCUAAUUUGGCUGCAUUCCAGCUUCACUUUUAAUCAUUCCCUCAGUGCUAACUGGGUAUUGUUGUGGAGUGUAAUUAGGAAGACUUGGAUUUUAAAUGUAAUUAAAAUGUGCUGGAAUUUUACAAUGGUGGCCUGUUUCUAAAUUGCUCAACAACUGGGAAAAGAAAAGGAAUAAUUGGAAGGGUGAUAGAGAAGGGUGCGUUUUGAAAAACUGUUAAAGCAAUUAAACUGUUUAGGGGCUACUAUGCACACUUUUGGGUCUGUAUCCUAAAAUAAGAGGUGCCCAAACCACUUCGGUAUUUCUGAGAAUGAAAAUUAUAUUCAGCAUCUACUAGUUCAUUCCAUCAAGGCACCAACUCCCUAGUUGUUCAUUCUUCGGGUAUUUUGUUUUAAUUGAACUACUCUCAUGUCAUGAGCAUGUGCUCCUUUGCAAGUGGGAAUAAAGAACAGAUGGAAGUAUUUCAUCAUAUUUAACUUCUGCGCUGUUGGAGCAACUUAAUGCAGUACAAUCUUGGAAAACCUAUUGGAAUGCAGCAUAUUACUUCUUAGUUUAAAUGAUUUUCAGCAAAGCCAUGAACAUAUGGCAGAGGAAAAGUCACAUUUGCACAUUGUCCCAUAACUUGGUCAGAAAAAUAAAGCGUAAUUGUCUUAAGAUAACUUUUCGUUCUGGGUCUUAAAUAUGUCUGCAGCCAAUUAGGUUAGAACUGCUUCAUUCCUUAGAAUUUUUAAAUGUAGAAAUCAGGUCUGGUUAAGAAAAAUUCAAAGUAGUAUAUGAAUGACUAUAUAAGUGUUUUGCGGGAAAUGCUAGAAACAUUUUAUGGCUAUUCAAAUACAUUUCUAUUUUGGGAAUAAGUAAUGGGAAGCUCAGUAGCCUGUACUUUGAUUGUUACAACAUUCUAACCAGCUAUUUCGGUUAGUUGCUUUUAGAUAGAACCUUCAUCAAAACUUGUAAAAGCAGCUUAUUUAUUUAUUUUAUUUAACUGAGAAGCAGACCAAGCUGAUAGCUUCUGGUAGUAUUUGUAGUCUAAACUAUUACACAUGGAGCUUUAUUGCCACAAUACUUGUACAAAUGUGGAAUGGCUUAGGAUUAAACUGUAAAUAGUACUGUUCAUUGAAUCCACCCUUUCUGACAUAAAUCUUGUUCGUUUGAUUUCAUUUUGUUUGAAAAUCAUGGGUCAGACUUGUUAUUUGGCAAAUGUUUCCCACUCCCAGUUAUUGAAAAUUGACCAGGAGCUAAAAUAUUAAACAUCUCAAGUGUAUAUUUCUCAAAAGUAAUUUAUUGUUAUUUACUUACAAUAGGUUAAAAAACUGUAAUAAAAUACAGCACAAACAAGCAAUUAACCAAAACCAACAAUAUCAAAGCAGUUAAAUCAUGCAACAACAAGAUUUACAAUUACACACUGAAAGCGUGCCAGGGCAGAAAUGCCUUCAGUUUCUUGUUUUAUUUUUUUGAAAUAUGCAUUUUAUUGGCUUUAAUAACAACAACAAACAAUUAUGAAGUACAAAGAUGCAAUUAUACAGUCAAGUUACAGUUUAGAUUGCUCUUGAACUACUUUGCUACUACUUUGCUAUGGUAUAUAAAGUGUUCUGAAAGAGCUAUCUCCCAUUUUCUGUUUAACCAGCUCCAAAUAGCAAGACAAACCCCCAGUUUCCAAUUAGCAGAGAUCUCUUUUAGAUGCCCAUGAUUUAGAGGCUUGAAAACAUUUGGAUUUGGAAAAGAAAAUUUUGUUGACCAGAAUCAGUAAAAGAAUUGGCAGCUUUUAGUUUGUCCUCCAAAAGGAAGAUAGGCAUUUUUAUUUUUAUUUUGUUUUCGGCAAUGUAUUGUGUACUGACAUAAUGCAUAGAGAAACAGUACAGUGGUACCUCGGGUUAAGAACUUAAUUCGUUCCGGAGGUCCUUUCUUAACCUUGAAACUGUUCUUAACCUGAAGUACCGCUUUAGCUAAUGGGGCAUCCCGCUGCCGCCCCGCAAUUUCUGUUCUCAUCCUGAAGCAAAGUCCUUAACCCGAGGUACUAUUUCUGGGUUAGCAGAGUCUGUAACCUGAAGCGUCUGUAACCCGAGGUACCACUGUAAAUACAAUGGGCACACAAUCCAUCCAAACUUUAAGCAUGAUCAAAUCUCACUGAUUUCAAUGGGAGAGUUAAUCUUGUGCUUAAAUUUCUCUCAUUAUAGUUUUUGGGACAGAAAUAUACUUAGCUUGGCUAGAUCACAGUCAGCAUGUUAACUUCUACGUAAAAAUCAACCAGCAUUGUAAAUGCAAAUGGAAUGUCUUCUGUUGCAGCUCUGAAUGCAGUGAUGGUGAAUGGUCUGCAUCUCUGCCCUCCUAUUUUGCUGUGACAGUAAAAGAUCAGUCCUCCAGCGAUGAGAGCUGGGAGACUCUCCCAGGAAAAGAGGAGCAGGAACCUGAAUUGCAGAGUGACAGCAGUGGUGUGGAAGAGGAACAUAAUGAGUUUGGUUUCCAAGCAGGGUAUGUUGUCUUAUAGAAUGAAGUGUACUACUCAGUAAGAAUUAUUGAUGUAUUAUGUACACUUUACUGUGAUAGUUGCUGCUAAAAAAACCCCUAAUGAUGAUGUACUGUUCCAUAUGUGAUCAUUGGCUGAAAUAAUUCCAACACUCACUUUUUUCCUCCUAGAAAGUAAGGGGAAAUGUCUGUGCGUGUUAUGGAGGGAAUGCCUACGGGUCGCGGGGGAGAUCUGCUGCAGUCGUGAGCAGAGGAUCCAUGGUUCCCCUUCCCUCCUCCGUGGCUUGCUUUGAAACAGCAAAGCGGGAGAAGAGCCGCUGAGUGGGGAGGAGAGAGGGACAGAGAGCCUGCUUCUUUAAAGGAGCAAAGCGGGAGAGGAGAGGAGCCGCUUACACAAGUGUAAGCGGCUCCUGUCUGGUUGGUUCCUUUAAAGCGAGCAGGCUCUCUGUCCCUCUCUCCUCUCCACUCAGCUAGCUAAAUAGCAGCAAAGUUUUUCAGCUCGCUAAGCCGGGGAUGAGUGGGGAGGAGGGAGAAAAGCAGAGCCUGCUUGCUUUAAAGGAGCAAAGCGGGAGAGGAGAGGAGCCUUCUCCCCUUAUACCCCUCUUCUUCAUUAUUAGCAGCAUCCUUCUCCACCCACCCCACGCAUGCUCCUUGUCCCUUGAGUGCUUUUCCUUCCCUCCCCACUUAAAAGGUGGUUACAGAGGAUCCUCAGGAUUUUUGCAUUGGGCUACUCCAAACUCACUGUCAGAUCACAUGUCUGUGGCCACAGCAUGAACCACAAAAAUCAUACAUCCACUGUUUCAUUUAGAAUAUUUUUUUUCUUGUUUUCCUCCUCUAAAAACUACGUGCAUGAUAUGGUUGGGUGUGUGUUAUAGAGCGAAAAAUACGGUAAUUAGCUUUUGGGAGCCCCAUUUUGGAUAGGUUUCCGUAUGUAUCAGGUAAGGUUUUCCAAGUAGAUGUUGACUUCAAUCUCCUCUUCCCUGAUUCCGCCCCCCCCCCCCAAGUUGUGGAGUCUUCACUAGCUCUGCUAUACUCUGCAUUAUCAACAGCUUUGGGGGUCACUGAUAUCCUAUUUUGUGAUCAGUAAGGUUUAGCUGAGCUAGAGAAGCAGAACCAAUAAGCCUACAGCCUUUCAGCACAUUGAAUAUGUGACAUACAGUGUGCAGGCAACAACCAAUUUAUGUGCAUUUGAUGUGUGUGUGUACAUGGCACUGAAUCUGGAAGUGACCUGAAAAUAUCACCAAAAUGUCACUAAAAGGGCGGAAUGGGGUUGGGGCGGAACGCUUUACGCAGGCCCCGCCGACAUGCAUAGGCAUUUGCACGGGAGCAUAACUCCCGUGCAAAGCAAGGAUUGCCUAUAUCUAUAGCUUCAAUACACUAUGACUCUCCCUUACCAUGAAAAGCAGCAUCUGCUUACUCCGGCGUAGUUUAUUUUUGUAGACGUGCCAAGUGUGCCCAGUCCAAUCUUCCAUGAUUUUGUCAAGUUGAAGUGUUACGGGUAAUGAAGACUCCAGAUAGUGACAUCUCCUGGGGGUUGGUGGGGUGUGAUUGUCAAGCAGCAAAUUCAGCUUUGGUUUAGUUCUAUUCAAGUGCAUAGAUGGUGACUUGAACGUUGCAGUUUGUUACUAAUGUAAUCAUUAUAUGGAAUGUGCCGAGUUUACUGGACACCAGUUGAAGGGUAUGUGAUGGUGCACAAUGAUGUCACUGUUACAGAGUGUUCUCUUUGUGUGCUAAAUCCUUUUUAUGCAUUUACAGAUAACUGUUCUUGCUCUGUGCCUCAGUAACUUACAAGUACAGGGCCUACUCCAGGAUGCAGUCAGCUUUAUAUAUCACUGUUGAAGUGGCUGUUCUCUCCAUUUUACUUGCUUUAUAAUUUAUGAACUGUCAAAAAUGUCAAGGUAACAACAAGUAACUCGGAAUUUUUGUAAGCAAGAGAGCACUUAGAAAAUGAUCACAUAAGAGAGAAACCAGCUGUUUCUGUUUUGGUGCAGAGAGGACCAUUCCAACAUACAUUUCCUCUAUCUGCAUUCUGAAGUGUUACAGUCUCAAUAAAGCUGUGCCACAUAGCUUUUUGUCUCACAUAUUUAUUUAUUUUUAUCACCUAGCUGCAAGGUGAGCUGGCAAGAUUAGAGCAAUAAGGGCUGCAGGCAAUAAGAGUAGUUAUAGUGCUAAUAAAUAACAUUGGUAUAUCCACUGAUACAUCCACAGCUAAAACAUUAAUGUGGCCUCAUUCUGCUCCUAAUUUAGUAUGGUAUCACUAAAAUCUCUGUGUUAUCUUACCUUAUUAAACUUGUUUAUUCUCAAGAAAGCCAGUAAUGAUGGAUGUAAGAUAAAUUUAUCUAAUUCAGUAGUUUCAUUGUGAAAGCACAGUUUAAAGGGCCAUUCAGGAAUUUAAAUCUUUUUAGGACAACCAUGAAUCAUACUAAAACUAGCUUUUGCCCUACGUUGACUUGUUUCUGCAUCUUUUACUGGGGAAAUCAAAAGGGAGUCUCGAACAAAAAGCCUGUGAUAUCAAAUUGUAAGAAAAAUUAUAUAUGGUGAGAUGGUUUUUCCCCCAUUGUUGUUACCUUGCUGGGUUACAAUUUGGCCAUAGCAGAAAGGUUAUGUUAUAAGAGAAGUGUCACUGAUUAUGUGAUUUUUGCAGGUGCAUGUGCUGCAUUACAUAUUCAAUACCAAGGUGUAAAUUUGUUAUAUAAAAUACUUGAAAACCUCAAAGUGGGCUUUUGUUGCUGCAAUAAAGCUGCUUAGACCACUCCCUCCAGUUCUUCACUUCUGCUAGACAGAACAUAUAUUAAAUAUUUUGGUUGAUGCUUUCCUUUCUGGUUAGAUUUAAGAGCAUGUAGAAUUCUUGCUCUGAUAAAACUGUCACGUUUUCUUAGAGCUGUGCCAGUUGUCAUGCUUGUGUACAACCAGUUGCACAGAGCUUGAGAAUUCAUUAGCAGGGAUUCUAAUGACCUUUCCGCUUAAGUCAGUCACUUUUGGGGAACUGGACUAGAGCAGGAGGAAUGUCUUGUUGCAAAUAAGUAGUGAAGAAUCGUGUGAUUCAUUCUAAAACAUUGGUUGAGAUUUUUUUUUUUUUGUAAAGGGAAAGAAAAAUAUAGUUAAGACCAUAAUUUUGUCCACCUACACAAUAAAGCAAUUGAAAAGGAAAUUGUUUUACUUGCAUGCUAAUGACCUUUUUCAUGUCACAUGACUACAAUAUAACAAAUCGUGACUCUUACAGAGUGAUUUAGAUAAGAGGUACGUGUGUUCUUGAAUACAUAGUGCUGACAGUUUUUAAAUAGCAGCUAACUUUAAAUUAUUCCCUCUCCCUAUUUUCACACACAAAAAUAUGAAGGUCUUGUAAAUCAUUUGAUAUUGUUGACCUUUAUAUAAAGACAGCAGACUGUGAUCAGUAAGCAAGAUAAAUUUCAGUUGCAGCUAAUUUAGCCAGAAUUAGUCUCAUGUAGGUUUAUAAACUCUGCUUUAUUUAGCCUUUUUUCUCAUCAAGAAGAGAAUUGCUCAAUCUUCACAUUUCAAGCUAAGAGAAACACACACACAGCUUGGGUUGUUUUGUUUUGUAUUAAGACAGAUGGGGAAGCAAAGGGUUAUAUCUAAUUGUAUUUCUUUGCUGACAGAAGACUUUUUGAUCCAGUGGAGACUUCUGUGAGUUAAAAGGUGAGAGGAAAGUGAUUUUCACAAACUUCUGCUUUCUCCUACAGUCCCUUGAGUGUGUGCAGGUUGCUGCAGAGGGAAGGAAGAAUAUGUGAAAAUGCUCUCCCCUCUCUUUCGCUAAUGGAAGCCUGUGCUGAAUCAAAUAGUUUUUCAUCAUUGAAGGGACACUAUUAGAUGCAGGGUUGUAUAAGCCCACAAUGUGUCAUUGUCUUUUCACACAGAAGGAUCAAGAGCAGGAACUCUACAAAGAGCAGGUAAUAGUUCUACUAAGGCCCUCCACAGUCACUCAGUACAAGUAGUAGAGUUGUGUAGCCACUUGUGUAGUGCUGAUUGAGUCUGCCUCCUCAUUCUAACACACGGUGCCAGAUUCUCAGGAGUUUGAGGCUCAUUCCUUGUGCAGUAGGUCAGUAGAAAAGGUGAAAAAAGCUGUACCCAUUUAGUGUCCUAAUCAUAAGUGCAUUACUUUGUGCAGGUUGCUCCUUUUGUAAUAUAUAAUUUGCUUUUUACUAUAAUAAUGUUCUUAGUGGAUGUUUCAACUUCCACAAUUCAUAGAAGCAUAGAUUUGUAGAGUUGGAGGGGACCCUGAGGAUCAUCUAGUCCUACCCCCUGCAAUGCAGGGCUAUGCAGCUGUCCCAUACGGGAAUUGAACCUGAAACCCUGGCAUGAUCAGCACCAUGCUCUAACCAGCUGAACUAUCCAGGCUCAAUUCCAAAAGGGAUAUUUUCUGACUACUAUCAAUAUUUAUGAAAAAUAAAUUUAAUAGAGCUAGAAAUUACAGCUCUGAUUAAAAAAUUCCUCUGCUCUUGUUAUUAGCCAGCUGCUUUAACUUGUCCUACUCACUUCUCUGACUAUCUGCCUUCCAAAUGAUCCAAUUACAGCCUACCUUCAUGAUUUGCAUUUUGUGAAGAUGGCAGAUUUAUUCCUCUCCAGAGCAAGAUCACUAAUUUUCAGUUACAAUAAAACCUUUGUCUUGUAUUCUGUUUAUAAAAUGGGGAAAACAAUAUCAGUCAAUAAUUAUGCAAGGAAGAACGUUCAAUAAACACAGUGAAGGGCUUUUUUUUAAAAAAAAUGAUUCAUUUAGUAAAUUUAUAUUCUGACCUUCCUCCCAUGGGAGCCCUGGACAGCAACCACCAAAGUAAUAAAACAAUUAAAAAUGAAGUAAAAACAUUUAAAAGUAUUUUUUUGAAAAACUAAAAGCAUGUUAAACUGUCAUUAUUGUGCUAUAGCAGUAGGAGAAUACAAAAUUCAAGUAUAGAUUCGUGAAUGGACUUGACAAAGAGAGUAGUAGGGUGAUAUCUUCCCUGCACAAUGUGCUAGGACUUUGGCUCACAUCACCAGAGCACUUUAUGCAGACAUUAGAUCUUUAUCAUUCAUGUGUAUAUACUUACUCCCUCUCAAUUUUUAAAAUAGAAAUAAUGGUAUUUUAGCUAUUGCUGUUGAAUCGUUACUUAAUAGGAUGUACUGCUUUCUAUGGAAAACGGCUGCCAGGUUUUGUUUGCUAGCAGCUGGACAUAAUAUGAGCAUUCACCAAUGAAGAGCACUCUCUGUACACUUGCUUACAUGUAGUUUUACUUUCAUUUUGUAUAGCUUUUCUCAUUUUUGUAUAAAGGGAACAGACUACCCUAGAGGACGGCGAAAUUCCUUGGUUGCAGUAUCAUGAAGAAAUUGAAAGCAGCAGCGAUGAGGAAAAUGACCAAGUGAGCCAUUUUGUGCAUCCUGGCUUUUUCAUGUUGGAUGGAAACAACAAUCUGGAAGACGAUUCCAGCAUGAGUGAAGAUCUAGACGUGGAAUGGAGGUACUUUACUAUGUGUUGAUGCUUAUUUGAGACAUUCACCACUCACAUGUUGCAUGCAUUAAAAUCAACUCCAGAGAAGCGGACACGGAGCAAUGGAUCCAAACUACAAGAAAGAAGAUUCCACCUAAACAUUAGGAAGAACUUCCUGAUAGUAAGAGCUGUUCGACAGUGGAAUUUGCUGCCAAGGAGUGUGGUGGAGUCUCCUUCUUUCGAGGUCUUUAAGCAGAGGCUUGACAACCAUAUGUCAGGAGUGCUCUGAUGGUGUUUCCUGCUUGGCAGGGGGUUGGACUCGAUGGCCCUUGUGGUCUCUUCCAACUCUAUGAUUCUAUGAUUCUAACUGAGAAAUGGCAUAGUAAACACUCUGUGCUGCUCUAACAGGUUAACUUAACUACUGAAAUGUAUUAUGAACUGGGUCUCAGCAUCUGUUGGGUCUCUGAAUCAAAUUCAACAUAGAGAGAGGUUCUGCUAGCUCCCCAAUUGCUAUCUAGCACUGUGAUUUCCCUCCUUCCUCUGUGCAAAUUAAAAUGUGUGGGGUUGAGGGAGGGAGUUUGGAGAGUUGCAUGAUGAAGGUAGGGGAAGGUUAAUCCAAACUUAAUUCUACUGUGUUUUAUGCUCAUUUAGUAUGGGAUGUAAAACUGGUCUGAGACCGUAAUAAAAUUUAGAUAUAUAUAAUGAGGCAAGUCAUGCUUAUACACUGUAUGUCCAUGUCAAAAAGGAAGGUGUGUUAGCAUGUUGGGCCAUUGCUAAGGAUUGACCUCAUAUGCCACCCGUUUCCUUGGCAUACAUGGGGGACUUACUGGCAAGGCCAAUUGUGCAAAGGGGGAAUAUUUGGUCUGCCACUCACUAACGGAUUACCAUAGUAAAAAACCUGUAGCUGCGGAUAUUUUUGUUUCAGGUAGGUAGCUGUGUUGGUCUGACGCAGUCGGGGGGGUGGGAAUUAAAAAGUUGUCCAGUAGCACCUUAGAGACCAACUCUGAAGUGUGCAUGCACACAAAAGCUUAUACCCAGAACAAACUUAGUUGGUCUCUAAGGUGCUACUGGACAAUUUUUUAAUUUCUUUUGGAAAAUAUUUUUUGUGUUUACUUUCUGCAUGACUGCUCAGCUCUAGUUCCCACCUAAGUGUUCAUUAGCACAACUUAAAAGAAAAAUCCAAGAAAAACCUCUUAAAGCUCAGCCCUGGAGACAACAUUUUCACUUAUUCCUCCCAGAGGAACUAUAGUCACCCUAAAAGAGCCAAAACUUUAAGAAAUUUUGGCUGUUAAGGUACCGUAUUGAAAAUAUUUUGUGUUGCAUGCAUCUUCUAAGAUCUCCAGGCCAAGUCUGUUUAAUGGUUAUAUUUCCUGGCAGUAGUAGGUUUCUUUGUGUGCCUUGUUUUUCUGACUGAGAACUUACUGUCUGAAGUUCUGAAACAUGGGAGGCAAAUGUAUGCAGCCCCUUGCAACAGCCCAAUUUGGGGCGGGGGGGGGGGAAUAUGGUAUCUAAUUGCAAUUGAGAACAUAAAUCCUGCUUUUCCCCUAGGCUGCUUGAUGAAUUUGGUGAUGGCUUGGGUGUUGCUCAAGCCAUUUCUUAUGUGGAUCCCCAGUUCCUUACAUAUAUGGCCCUGGAAGAACGACUGGCACAGGCCAUGGAGGUAAUGCAAUACUUUUCUAAGUUUUCAUUUUAAGAUUAGUUAAACUGAGGGAAAACAUAGUUCAGCUAUAUUUAUAUUAGUGCGAACAUCCACUGUGGAUUAGGCUUUUUCAUAUUUAUCGCAUCUGUGAGGAAGCCCACAAGAAGCACCUGAGUGCCGUAGCACUGUCCCCACAGUGACUCCAAGUAAUUGGUACUCCUAGGCACAGUGGCUCUGGCAGUGGAGGCGAACAUAGGCCCCUAUCCCCAAAAUAGGGCGGUGGCAAAAAGGCUCAGCCCUCAGGAGGUAGGCUGCAAAUGGUGUAAGGAAUUUGGACUGCUCUUUAGGAAGAAAUAAGGAAAGGGAGUAUAAAGAUAUCUGCAUCAGCUUUAUUCUGCCCUUCGAUUUUGCUCUGAUUAAAAUAGGAUUUUGCUGUUCAACGUGUGCUCUAUGAGCAUUGAGCGUACUGCAUUGUCUUAAAUGCAAUGUUAAAACAUUGGCAAUAUUUCUAUUUAUAAUGUAUAUGUUGCUGGAUGGAUGUCUCAAUUAUUUCAGUUUUGUUCAUUUAUCCUUAUAGCAUGGGAAUGUGUUUAUAUACUCCCCCUGGUUUAAGUCAAGGGACUCAGCUAGGUUGGUAAAGCGUUUUAUAUGUGUUGUAUAUGCGAUAUAAUACUUUGACACCAGGUGGUGCCGUGGAGUCCUGUCUUUCCCUACCGGAUUUCCCUGUAUGAGUUUACGAUGCGUUUAACUGAAUCGCUUCUUUGACGUGUCUAGAUCCAGCCAAGGUUUUUUUAAAAAAUAUUUAUAUUUGUAUAGCAUCUUACACAUGGCUGCCAUUAGUCUCCCAUUUAAGGGACUGACCACCUCCCCUAGGUUCAGCAGUACUGCGGCAUCUGAUCAAAUCACCCAUUGGUUUCUGCUUUAAGUCAAGUUUUUAUUUGUUCGUAUGUUUUUAAAGCCAAGUUGGUCCAAGCUGUUUGUUAUUGCUACUUUGGAAAGAGGUGCAGUUCUUCUAUAGAACAUAGAGAAGGGCAAGGGCUCUCCCUGAUUUAGGAGCUGGAAAAGAAGGUGAAAGAUUUCCAUGCAGUUGCAUUGUGCUUUGCAGGCGUUCGGGGCACCUCUGGAGGUCAGCAUCAUGUCACAAGGUCCCUGCCUCACCUGUUGUAGGGUCAGGGGAAGGGGAAGGGUUGGUGACCUUGGGGUGGUGUGUAGAUAGUGUGGCUCAUCCUUUAGUAUUACCAAAGUAUUAUCAGAGUAUACAAAGAUAGCCCUUGGUAUCAAAUUUUUGGCACCUGCUGUUCAGUAUAACAGUUUCUCUGGUUUGUUCUGUAUUUACAUUGAAUAUUAUGUAGGAGAUCAGUUUCAGGCUUUUGGAUAUGGGUAAAUUCAGCUAUUUCCUAAGUUAGUUUUUGAAAUAACUAAAUUAUAUUAGGAUAAGUACCGGAACAGGCCAUAUGAUCACAAGUAUAGUGGUGCCUCGCAAGACGAAAUUAAUUCGUUCCAUGAAUUUUUUCGUCUAGCGAAUUUUUCGUCUUGCGAAGCACGGUUUCCCAUAGGAAUGCAUUGAAAAUCAAUUAAUGCGUUCCUAUGGUCAAAAAAAGUCCAAACAAAGCCAAAUUUGGUACAACAAGAGUUUAUUAAGUGCUCUUUAAAGUCACACAUACUGUAAAGAGCAUUUCAAAAUUCAAAUCCAGAUUUUUUUAAAAAAAACAGCAGAGUGGCCCAAUGGUCACAGAAAAUCAUAAAAAUGCAGGGGGAAAAACAAGCUUCCAGAUUCUUGCAAACCCCUCCCCAACUGUUCCCCCAGCCACCCAGCACACAGAAAUUCAAAUCCAGAAUUUUUUUAAAAAAACAGCAGAGUGGCCCAAUGGUCACAGAAAAUCAUAAAAAUGCAGAAAAAAACCCGCAAACUUCCAGAUUCUUGCAAACCCCUUCCCAACACCAAGUCCUUGAAUUCCAAACACCCCAACCCAAAAUCCAACCCCCCCAAAAAAAGUUUUAAAAGCUUAACUUACCAAAUGGCUGCAAAAGAAGUUUUGGAAAAGCUUCAAAAAUCACCAAAGUCUUUAAAAACCUCAAAAAAGGCUACUAUGUACACUGCGUUCUAUGAGUUGCUCCUCGAAGUCAAGUCGCAACUGUAUUAACGGUGUUAAGAAAAAGGAAACAAACUUGCAAGACGUUUUCGUCUUGCGAAGCAAGCCCAUAGGGAAAUUUGUCUUGCGAAGCAGCUCAAAAACGGAAAACCCUUUCGUCUAGCGAGUUUUCCGUCUUGCGAGGCAUUCGUCUUGCGGGGCACCACUGUAAUUUAGAUCCAAGUUUAGAGAUCAUAGAGGUCAUUGAACAUUUGGAAUCUUAAUGUGAUGAGAAAUAUAAUAAACUUCUGCUUUUUAGUGAACAAGGAAGGUUGAAAAGUCCUCCUCCCAAAACUAAACCCAAUUCUAUUUAUUUGGGCUAACAAUAUUUCAGCCACCUGUUGUAACAAUUGUGAACCUGAUAGUUUCUUGGAUCCUUUCCAUUAUAGCCUGGGAAAGUAUUUUGGAUAUGUUCGAACUAGAGAAUUCUGUCACAACCCCUUGAACAGCAUAGGGAGCAUAUAAUACAUACAAUUGUAAUGCAUAUAAUACUAAUCUGUAAUAUAUUCACAUGUUCCCUGGAUGUCCUGCAAUUGGGUCUGCAUGCUCUGCUAUUAAUGCCACUUUAUUGACAUUUUUGCCAGUUGCCUUUUGUAUUCUCUCUACACAGUAAAAUUAAAUUAGGAAUUGCCUGAGUUGUAUGUUGUUGCGUUAUUAAAAUAGCAGUGUUUAGUGGUCUAAAUCAAUAAUGCAGAUUUAGGUUUUCAAAAAUGUAGAUUCAGAAUUUGGACAUGUGGUCAACUACUGGAGAAAUGAGAGUGUAGAGGGUAGAGCAAAGAGCAUCAAGGUUGCAUAUAGACCAGUCCUGAGCUUUUGGGCUCAGGUCUGCUGAAUAUUCAAAUAAAUAAAUCAUUGUGCCUGUCACUGCUGAAAUUAUCCUGCACAUCUUUUUUUUCCUGCUUUCCCCCCCUUUUCUUCUCGUGCCCCAAGAUGCUAGAUAGUUCUGUGCUUUCCCUGUUGAGUUCAUGAAUAAACGGAAAACACAUUUUUCUGGCUAAUGUCUGAAGUGAGGGAGAAAGCACUUUGACUUCUGAAUGCAUAAUUGGGAGGGAGAAAGCACUUUGACUUCUGAAUGCAUAAUUGGAAAAGCUGUUGAGAUGUAGAUUUUCCAUUUAGUAAAAUACUGGCCAGGGGAAAACUAAUUUCUUGGAGUUAAGACCUUCAGUUUCUAUGCAACUUUUUGAAGCAUAACUUAUGUUGAAGGUUGAGAGACAGCCACACCCAUAGAUUACAGAAAAUAUUUAUUUAUGGAUUUGAACCUUGUCUCUAAUACUAACCACUGUACCACACUAGCUUUCCUAAAGAUCAGGGCACCAGUAAGCUCGGGGAAGUAUGACAAGUCCCUUGUUGGUAUUGCUACCAGCAUGCUACCUGGGACAGGCUUAUUGGUAGUAUUGGUAGCAAGAACUUGGCAGCAGUUGUGGUGGACCCUGGCAGUUGCCCUAAGAUAUCACAUGCUGGUACUCAUUUCCUUAGACAUUUUUGAUAUUUUCUUUCGUAGAAUAAUGGCAAACUUUUUUUUGUUCACACAUACAAUCUUUAUUACAUGUUGAGGGACCGCAGAAAUCAACAAUAGUUUAAAACAAAUAUACUUAAUAUUCUUUAAAAAUAGGAUAGUGAUAUUUUAAUAUGUAAUUGUUAUUACAGUAUCAUAAAUGAAACUUGCAUUCCCAACUUCAGUUGAAUAAAUUAUACAUUUCAAAGUACAUGUAGUAGUUUUAGACAGAAAAAGAGAGAAUUUGCGUGCCUAUGUAUGUGUGUGGGUAGUAUAUGCAUGUGUUAUGUCUUGCUUUGGUCUCACAGGAUUUCAUUGUGUAUAAAAAAUAAGUUGUGUGAUUCCUUGUUAAUAAAUGAGUUCUCCAUUUUAUUUGAUUUAAAAACAAGCCAUUUGUCCUUUUGCAAAGACUUCUGUGUAUUUCUUUCAAUGUCUUAUUUCAUAUCUUAUAAAAAGAGAAAAGUUUGAGAUUCUAACAACUCUUUUUAGAAGAUAGAACAAAGUUCAAGAAACUGAACUAAGAGGGAAAUUCAGAACUGACUUUGAGCAUUGUGUUAUCAACAUUUAGGUGAAUUCCUUUAAAACACUGUACUCUUGAAAUAAGUAACUUGGAGAAGUUGUUUCCAGGUGGCGAAAAUAUACUAGUUAACACUACUCUGUUUCAGUUGAAUGUUUUAUUCCUUUGUCAAUAUUUUUUUCAACAUCUUCAAACAAAGAUUCCUUUUCUAUUGCUGCAUUUAAAUAACAUGCUUAGUAUUUCUUUAUCAGAGAGGAGCUGUGCAAGAAUUUAACAUUAUAGCUACAAUAACUGUACCAGAAACAGCCAUUAGUUUACAUAGGAACUGGAAUGUUUUGAAAUUUCACUCCUUAGCUAAGAAUGCUUUACUCCUCUUCAUCACUAAACUAAAUCUUUUCAAAUAACAAGCAUGUUCAUAUAAAUGACUUACCAGUGUCCACAGGUACUUGCAAUUUCUGAUUGCCUCCAUUCCAUCUAUGUAGAUGAUGUACUUAAUAUGGCAGAGAGCCAGCAUUUUUAUUUUCUAUUUUCUUCUGAUUCAGUGAGUCAUUGCCUUCCUGUAAGAUUCAGUGACCUUUCCAAGAACAUUACAGUGCACAAGAGCCUUUGCAUGUAAGAUUUGGAGUCGCAGGUAGUCUAAUUUCCUGGAAAAGGCAGAAUGUAAAAUGUUGAUGCCAUACCAUAAUUGGUACUUGUCAUUUUGUGGCAGUUUUGGCUGUGGAUUUAUUUAUUUAUUUAGAUUUAUUUAGCUUCUUUGAAUACUUUUGAAUACUUCCUACAUUCCUAAGUUAUCUAGAAAUGGUAUUGGGUGUAUUCUACCCUCAUCAACAGAACUUUUAUCUAAGUUAAAUAUAGUUCUGGUGCCCUGCUGAUGGGUUUUAUGUUGAAAGUGUGCGCUGCACGUCCUAUACCAGCAGAUCAUCUGUGGCAAAUAUAUGAAUUUGUGGAUGAAGAUGGGAGACAUCACAUCCAUCAUACUGAAUAUUUGUAUUGAUUUGAAUUGUGCAUUUAUUCAUUCAUUUCAUUUUAUUGUAUUAUGAUUUGAAUUCUGUGGAAUUACAGUUGCUACAAUGGACAGGAAAAUGAUUUAAGUGGUCUGCCAAGAACUUCAGCAAUUUUCAAGUGGUCCAUAGGGAAAAAAGUUGGGGAACCACUGACUUAAACUAAAUACUGAAAUUGUGUUGCAAAGCAGUUAUAAAGGGAAAAGUAAGCAAAUGUUUAUUAUAACAUAACACUGAAUUGUUUUAUUCCUUCUUUAAGUUUAGGAUGGCAGCCUUACUGCAAAGAUUAUUUCCUUCAUUCUUUAACUCUUUUAGAUGUUUAGAAGAUUAAUCUUCCAAAUCAUUAAAGUAACUCUGUCAUCAUGCUUAUGUAGUUAAACUUAAUCUUUUAGAUUUGUUUGUGUGUUAUGCUUCCCAUCAUUCUAGGUUUGUUAAUAAGUGUGGCAUCUCCAAGUAGCUGGAUCUGCAUUUUUUACUGUUUGCAAUACAUUAUUUUCAUUGUGAAUAACCUUUCUGUGUUGGCUUGCUAGUGGAAAGGCUGGGGGAGAACACCCCCUGUAGGUCAAGGUGGAAGGGUUGGUGACUGCAUGUCACAACAUCUCAUUACGUGUGUUGCGCCUUCUUUGAAAACAGUGGAAUUUUGUGCAGUGAAAUUGGAGUUAGAAAAGAUAAACAUGAAAUCAGAGGAAAUAUAACAGACAGGCUCUUCUCUAAGGAUAAAUUAGUUAGAAUAGUUCAUAAUGUUCUCAUAUUUUGACAACCUUCUCAAUUUUGAAAAUUCAGAACUCUGCUACAAGCAGAGGCAGCUGCUAAUAAUAAUAAUUAAUAGUAAGAAAAGUAGGUAGAGAAUGAUGUUACUGAGAAAUAUUUGUAUUGCCUGGUGGAUUAAUGGUAUGAAGUUCUAUCAGAUAUUUGCACAACUACAAGCAGAAUAGUAGUUUUACUACAACAGCAGAAUUUGUCUCAAUUAUUUGUUAUCUUCAAGGACACAAUUGUCAGCUGCCCUAGGUUUCAGAAACACUUGUGAUUCACAACACUUGUGCACCAAACUCGGUGAUACCCAUUCAAUAAUGCAAAAGGGGGGGGGAGGAUCAAUAACAGCCAUAAGGUAAAGGUACCCCUGCCCAUACGGGCCAGUUGUGUCCAACUCUGGGGUUCUGCGCCCAUCUCGCUUAAGAGGCCGGGGGCCAGCACUGUCCGGAGACACUUCCGGGUCAUGUGACGAAGCUGCUCUGGCGAGCCAGCACCAGCGCAGCGCACGGAAACGCCGUUUACCUUCCCGCUAUAAAGCGGUACCUGUUUAUCUACUUGCACUUAGGGGUGCUUUCGAACUGCUAGGUGGGCAGGAGCUGGGACCGAAAGACGGGAGCUCACCCCGCCGCGGGGAUUCGAACCGCCGACCAUGCGAUCGGCAAGUCCUAGGUGCUGAGGUUUUACCCACAGCGCCACCCGCAUCCCAAUAACAGCCAUAGAAACAUCCAAAAGCAAAAAGGCAGGUGCACAAAUGAAUGUGGUUGCAAAUGUGUUUUGAGGAAAAAUUUCAUCAAGAGAAGUGUUUAAAGCUUCUUAAAACCUGUAUCAAGCAGUUUUUAGUACAGCUUACCUUAAGUGGCCGACAGGUUUCUGAAAGCACAACGUAGGUCCAUUGCUACAGUUGUUACUCUUCCUGAGAACAAAUAACCAAACCAUGUUUGGCACAAAUCUGAAUAUUAGAGUUGUAUGCUUAACAUAAUACUAGUGGUGUUGGCUCCAAAAGCUUGUUUGGUUAGCCUUUAACUCACUAAGAAGCUGUGGGCAACUCACUAUCCUCUCAGCCCCAUAUCUACAAUAUGAAGAGCUUGGCCUGCCCUACAUAGCUGUUGUGGGGAUUGCAGAAGACAUGUAUGUGGAACAUUUUGAGCACUCAAAAUCCACAAUAUAAACGCAAAGUACUAUAUUUGUUUUCAUUUCCUGAGUAAGUGAACAUAUUUUCUCUCAGACUUUCUAACAGUUUCCCUUUUAAAAUAUAUUAAGUUAAAACAACAGCAAGUAGUCUAAUGGAAUAAAUAUGUAUUAAAAGAAUAUGUAGAUUUAGAUAUUCCUAUGAUGUAUUUUUUAUUGAAGAACUGCAAAGUUCUUUGUAAAUGAUGAAUAAUAAUGCCAUUCUAGUAUUUUUCUGGGGAAGUAAUGUAAAUUUAUGGACCUUUUCACUAAGCACUGCGACGCAGUGUUGAAGGUGAAAUUUGGCAUCUUUUCACCAAAAUGCAUAAUCAGUCAGAACUUAAUUGGAACUACGGAUGUAGUCUAAGCAGUUAGACCCCAGAGCAAAAAUGUACUGCAUUCUUCUGGUUAUGGAAAGGGGUUUGGUUAUCUUGGCCACAUACCGAAUGAAGGUUACAUACGAAAUCUUGUUUAAAUAAUAAUAGCCUUUGUGUGGGUGAGUUUCUCAAUUUUUAGACCAUAUCUUGAUGUAAUAUUGAACAAAGGCAUCUUCAAAGUGUGUGGCGCCACAGGCAAGUUCCUAAUUCUGCAGCCCAAUUGAACCACCUGAUCACCUAUCUGCAGCUCAUUCUGUAUGUGCAAACCAGUCCAUGGCAUCUGGUUUCCAUUUUCCUAAGAGAUUAUACUGCAUGUAACCACUGCUUCCCCCCUGAGCACCAUGGACAGUCAAUUUUGGGGAGAAGGACAGCAUAGCAAAGUUGUGGCAAAGGAAGCUGUAGCUGCCUAGGGCAAGGCACAAAGAGGGAAGCGUAUGUUUUAGAAGCAUGACUUAAUAACCUGCCCCAUAGCAGCAUUAAACUAUGCCAACCACUAUUGUAACUGAAAGUUGAACUGGUAACAACUGUGAUUGGUUGAAAUGAGAGACUAAUCCAUGAUAGCGCCAUGCUGUUACUAAGGCAGUGAAGCUUGGACCGCUCUCCCCUGCUGAAGUAAAAGAUGACAGAUGGUUCAUCCACUUUAGUAAUAUAGAUUCAUGUUCAUUAAGGAGUAAAUUUUAUUCUUUAAUUAAAUCUCAGAGAUUAAUAUUUACAACCAGAUCUCUGCUACGUAUUAUAUCAAUUUAGCAUUUCUGAGGGGAAAUGUAGAAGCAUGUCAAUUUGUACCCAUCCUUUUCUACAGUUGUUGAGCUUCAUGCAACCCUUUUAAAUGGAUUUUUAAAAAAGGAAUAAAUUAUAUCUGUCUUAUGCAUAACAGAAAUGGCUUCUUAUGCAUCUUUUUAGACCGCUCUGGCACAUUUAGAGUCCCUCGCAAUUGAUGUUGAGCAGGCCCAUCCACCAGCUAGUAAGGAGAGCAUAGACUGUCUGCCACAGAUUAUUAUAACAGAAGAUCACAAUGGUAAGCAUAAAUGAGAUAACUCCGGUCAAAUUGUGAUUAAAAUAAUGGCGGCCUGUGGGUUUUUUCUUUUUUCUUUUGCAUGCUUUAGCAUGGCAGUAUCUGACCCGCAAUUAGAACUAGAGGCCAGUUUCAAAAGCUUUAUGCUUAGAAGGCUUAUAUUUCUAAUUGUGCCACCUUAAUCUUUGAGAUCUCCUAGGUUUUGAAAGUGCAGGGCUGAUAUGUACUUUGUUUCCCUAAGCUGUAGGUCAGGAGCAGUGCUGUGCUAUCUGCUGCAGCGAGUAUAUCAAAGAAGAAAUUGUAACAGAACUUCCAUGUCAUCACUUCUUUCAUAAGCCCUGCAUAACACUUUGGUUGCAAAAGGUGUGUAUUUGCAUUGAAAUCUAACAAAUUCCUUUAAAACUCAUAAUUUAUGUGAAACAUUGACGAUACUCAGUGGACAUGGCUUUCUUCCUACUUGCUUUCAGUUUUACUUUGUGAAGAUGCCAAACAAACAUACAGUCAUAAUAAUGCUCUUUUUUGAAGUUAGAUUUAAAUGUAUAAGUAAAAGUGCAUUGUUUUAUCCAGUCUAUUUACAUGAAUAUGUUCAGUGCCAUGAUAAUUAUUUUUUAAAUGCUUCAUUGACUAGAGAUCCAAUUGUUCUUGUGUUUAAAGGCAGAAAAGCUCUGCUGGUGGUGAUUGUCAUACUUCAACUUAGUAUUGAAAGAAUAUAAAGAUCAGUUCAGUUUGAUCCUAGGCAUUUGUUUUCAGUAGCUGAACUGAACCUAAGUAACAGUCCUUCCACACACAAGUUCACUCCUGGUUAGCUUUCUUUCUUUCUUUCAGCAGCCUAAUUAAGGUGGGAAAGUAGUGUGUCUGUGUUUGCUAUUGUUAAACAGUUGGGAAUCAGCAGUCCUUGCUGGUCUACAGCAAGUUACUCAGAGACCUACAAGUAGAUCCCAGACUAUCAUCCCCAAAGUUUCUGGAAUAUUUGCAAAUUUCACAGCUUUACUAUAAAGUUUGAUUACAGUGAAACACAGGUUAGAGAUAAUUGUUUCAGUAAUGUUUUAGGCCUUUUAUAUUGGAAAAUUUGACAUUAUAUUUGUGGUUUGACCCUAACAAAUUCCUGAGAUUUCAACGUUUGCUGGGGCAACAGGUGUUAACUUAACCUGCCCUCAUCAAGACACUAGUCAGGGGGGAGGGGAGGGGAGUGAGUGCAGUGUUGCAUAUAGAUUGGCUUUCUGCCGGAAAACUAUUAGAAUUUAGCUUUCUGAAAUGAAUUUUGCCUAUUUCACAUAGUAGCGAACUUUAAACAAAAAAUCUAGUGAUAGGAACCUUCUUAAAAUAUUGAACACAAGUAAUACUACAUUUCAUCAUUCUAUGUUUGAUGUUUCACUACCUCUACCAAAGGCAGUCUCCCAAUUUGCUUAUUCCAGAGAAAUCCCUCUGAAAAUGGCAUGACACCUACAAAGCAGGUACACAAAGACUGUGGUCUUAGGUUAGCAAACAGGCUGCUUCGCUCACUCAUGGUUCACACCUGCAAAUCUACGUUUAUUUGAGGUGUUGCAUUUUGGCAUUCUUGCAUACCUGGCCCUCUUGUAGCUGCCUUGCAACUGAUCGAUGGUCUUUUCUUUCAUCUAGUCCGGAACGUGUCCUGUAUGCCGCCAUGUGCUUGCGCCUGUGCUUCCAGAGACAUCUAUUCCCACAGUUACCUUCCUGCCUGAUCAUGAUUCUACUCCUUCAGUCCACAGUACAUCAGGAACACAAUAAAACGAACAUCUGAAAAGAGAGUUUGAACCAUCAAAUUUUACUGUAAAUUUCUCCUGUUUAAUUACAAUGUGAAAUUGGUUUAUAUGUAAGUAUAUAUAUAUAAAUAUAAAUAUAUAUUAAAAACACUUUAAAGUAUACUAGUUUAGAAAGAGAAUGUAUGACCUUUCUAAAUGGUUUAGAAACCAUUUAGAGCUAGAAUUAUCAGACUAAAAGGAGUAAAAGCUUGCACUAGUUUUCCUCAGUAAAACAUGUCGCUGUUAACUAAUGUCUAAUGCUUAUAUUAAAUUUUUCUUAAGGAAUGAUCAUUAUUAAUGUGGCACUUGUGUUCAAGGUAAUGCAACUGCAGUGCAGUUGGAGCUUACAGAUGUUAUGCAUAUAACCUGUUUUACAUUAUAUAAUAAUUGAGGCUUGGGUUGUUUCUUUUUGUUGAAAAAUAGUGCCACUUGAUUACUUUGUACAUAGCUCUUUCAUAUUUGCAUCAAAUGUGAAGACGUUCUGUGAUCACAGCAGUAGUAUACUUUGGUUUCACUGGAAAUAAAAAAAGCAUAAUAACUCAA